GUAAAGCCAUUUGUUGUCGUAUCGAGAGCAGUCGCAAUUUCCUUUCCUACUGAGAGGAGGUUGCCACUCCGUAGAUUUAUUCAAGUUACGUUUGGCAACACUAAUUUUCUGGAGAACAAUGGCCGACGACGAGAAGUUACCGCCGGGCUGGGAGAAACGAAUGAGCCGCAAUUCAGGCAAGGUGUACUACUUCAACCACAUAACCAACGCCAGCCAGUGGGAGCGUCCCGUUGGAGACGGCCGUGGAGAGCCUGAGAAGGUGCGCUGCUCUCACCUCCUGGUGAAACACAAUCAGUCACGUCGUCCGUCUUCUUGGAGAGAAGAAAACAUAACGCGCACUAAAGACCAGGCGUUGGAUCUCAUUCAGAAGUACAUAGAACAGAUCAAGUCUGGAGAGGAGGAGUUUGAGACUCUGGCUUCUCAGUUCAGCGACUGCAGCUCUGCUAGGAAUGGUGGAGACCUGGGACUGUUUGGCAGAGGUCAAAUGCAGAAACCUUUCGAGGACGCCUCUUUUGCCCUCAAAGUGGGAGACAUGAGUGGUCCAGUUUUCACCGACUCUGGAGUGCAUAUCAUCCUUCGUACCGGAUGAAGAGAAUAUCUCUUUCCCUCUCCCUCUCUCUCUCACUCUCUCUCAGUACUACAGUUUCUUUUAACAAUACACACCAACAAGUAAACAGAGCUUCUAGCCUACAUAACAUAGUUUAAGUGGGAUCAUCUUCCAAGCUUCUCCCGUACCUUUGCCUUUGUAUAUGUACGAAAAAUGUCUUUAAGACCUUCUUUGAACUUUGGGGAAUAUUACAGAUUGUUUCUAUAUGAUGACCUCAAACUUUUUUUUUGUUUUUUUUUUUUUUGUUAACCAUGGCAACGCCGUUGUAUAAAAAGUGAGAGUGCCUGUGACCCGAUAAAAGUGACUGUCACCCUUUCAGAGAACAGUUUCACGUGAUGCGGGAUCACAAGAUGAGUGGAAUAUGAGAGUGUGUGUGCAAGUGCUAGUAUUUUUUAUUUUGUAUGUGCAUGUCUUCAGAAGCACCUCUGACAUUUAGCUCCCCCAACCCCUUUUUCCAUUAUAUCUACUGUAUGUGUGCCAAAGCUGUUCCUCUAUUUGUGUUUCUUUUCUUUUCUUUUUUUUUGAAAAGAGAUACAUCAGAACAGUAUGCAUACAAAGAGAAAACCUAUAUUCUGACUUUUCAACAUUUCAGCUUUUGAAUGUUUGUCCCCAUAACUUGCGGAUGCUCAGUUUGAAGUAUGCAGUUGUAGAAAAACAGAAAUAUUGGUUUUCACUCUCCACUUUGAGACGUACUUAAGUACAUGGCACUGUUUAUGGUUGCUUUGCUGUUAUAAUCAGUUCCCCAGCUUUUACAAGCCUCAACAUUCAAGCAAACCGUUAUAGAAAAUGUGUGAUUUGGACUGUAACUGAUGAAAAAAAAAAAAAAAAAAAACACCAUAUAAGAGCUGUUCCUCUUCCAUCAUUAAAAAAUCUCUUGUUU